AUGCUUCUCCCCCUCCUCUCCGUGCUGAUCCUGCUCACACUGCCUCCGAGGUCAGUGGGGACAGAAAUGAAGACCUAUGCCAAGAAAAUGGUGACCGAUGCCUGCACCCUGGUCAUGUGUAGCCCUGGGGAGAGUGGCCUGCCUGGUCGUGACGGACGAGAUGGGAGAGAGGGCCCCCGGGGCGAGAAGGGGUAUCCAGGUUUACCAGGAGCUCCAGGGCAACCGGGGAUGCCUGGACCAGCUGGCCCAGUUGGGCCCAAAGGGGACAAUGGCUCUGUUGGAGAACCUGGACCAAAGGGAGAUUCCGGACCUCGUGGACCUCCGGGACCUCCAGGUGUGCCUGGUCCAGCUGGAAGAGAGGGUCCCUCGGGAAUGCAGGGGAAUGUAGGACCUCAAGGCAAACCAGGCCCCAAAGGAGAGGCUGGGCCCAAAGGAGAAGUGGGUGCCCCAGGCACUCCGGGCUCUGCAGGGGCAAGAGGCCCCCCAGGGCUUAAAGGAGAAAGAGGUGCCCCCGGUGAGCGUGGAGCCCCCGGAAGUGCCGGAGGAACAGGGCCAGCAGGGGCCACGGGCCCACAGGGACCUCUGGGUGCCAGGGGACCCCCAGGACCGAAGGGGGACAGAGGUGCUCCUGGGGAAAGAGGAGCAAAGGGAGAGAGUGGGCUUCCAGACAUCACUGCUCUGAGGCAGCAGGUGGAGAGCUUAGAGAAACAGGUACAACGCCUUCAGGGUGCCCUCUCUCAGUGUAAGAAAGUGGUGCUCUUUCCCAGCGGCCGAGGGGUCGGUGAGAAGAUCUUUAAGGCGUCUGGCUUUGAAAAGUCCUUUGAGGAUGCACAGCAAAUAUGCGCACAGGCCGGGGGCAGGAUGCCCUCCCCACGCUCGGUGGCUGAGAACGAGGCCCUGCGGCAGCUGGUCGAGGCAGAGAACAAGGGCGCCACCUUCCUGAGCGUGUCCGACUCCAAGAAGGAGGGCAUGUUCAUCUACCCCAACGGGGAGCCCCUGCUCUACUCCAACUGGGCCCCGGGGGAGCCCAACAACGAAGGUGACGAGGACUGUGUGGAGAUCUUCGCCAACGGCAAGUGGAACGACAAGUCCUGUAACGAGAAUCGCCUGGUGAUCUGCGAGUUCUGA